AAAAAGAUUAGGAUCAGGGAUCGACUGGUGCCUUGGUUGUGAAUCAGAAUCAGUCAGUCAGUGUGAGCGAAUCGGAGCGGCGCGGGGAGAGAGUCGGACAGGAGACGGGGAAAGCGGAUUCCAUCGGCGGCGAGACAUGGAGAUGCGGGAGACGCUGGAUCUGUAUAGAGAGACAGUAUGGCUGUAUCUUGGAAAGGGGAAGAGUUACGUGAAUGCACGGUGCCAAGGCCUGGAGCCCUGGCAAAUUAUCGCCAUUACUGCUCUGACCACACUGCUGGUCGUGUGGCUGCAUGGGUUCAUAUUCCAACAGCAAAGUAUUUCCUCAAGACUUCAAAAGUUCUUUUUCAGAAUUGUAAGGAAAUUGCCAUUUCUAGCUGUCACAAUUCAGAAACAACUUAACAAGGCCCUGGAUGACCUCUCCACAAGCGUCUUAACCCUUAAGGAUGGAAUGACGUACAUCACGUCUCUGCCUGCACAUGGGUUGGCAGAGUCUGAGCUACUAUUAAAGCUUAAAGACUACAGCACAAUGGGAGAAGUACAUUGGGAGAAAGGGCAAGUCUCUGGGACAGUGUACAGUGGUGAUGAACAACUCACAAAACUGAUGGUGAAGGUUUAUGGAGACUUUGCUUGGAGUAACCCCCUCCACCCAGACAUCUUCCCUGGUGUGAGGAAGAUGGAAGCAGAGGUUGUUCGGAUGUCUUGUACUCUCUUUCACGGGGGGCCAGACUCCUGCGGGACGGUGACGUCUGGUGGGACUGAAAGUAUCCUCAUGGCUUGCAAAGCUUACAGAGACCUUGGGGCUGAACGAGGAGUGAAAUAUCCCGAAAUCGUUGCUCCCAUAAGUGCCCACGCUGCUUUCGACAAGGCUGCUCAAUACUUUGGGAUGAAAGUAGUACACGUACCAUUGGACAAAAGAACAAUGCAAGUGGACGUGAAGGCCAUGAAAAAAGCCAUCUCCAGGAACACAGUCAUGCUGGUUUGUUCUGUGCCACAGUUUCCCCAUGGUAUUAUGGACCCAGUCGAGAAGGUUGCCAAGCUGGCCCUGGAGUAUGAUAUCCCCUUGCACGUCGAUGCUUGUCUGGGGGGAUUUCUCAUUGUCUUCAUGGAGAAAGCUGGUUACUCGCUGCUACCCUUUGACUUCCGUGUUAAGGGAGUAACAAGCAUCUCUGCCGACACUCACAAGUAUGGCUAUGCUCCCAAGGGUUCAUCGGUUGUCCUGUACAGCAACAAGAAAUACCGUCACUACCAGUUCUUUGUGGCCCCAGACUGGCAGGGAGGGAUCUAUGCAUCGCCCACAAUUGCUGGAUCAAGACCAGGAGGGAUCAUUGCCGCUUGCUGGGCAACCAUGGUGUACAUGGGUGAGGAUGGUUACAUUAAGGCCACCAAGAAGAUCAUUGAAACUGCGCGACACAUUGAAGCACAGUUGAGGAAAAUAAAAGAAAUUUUCAUCUUUGGAAAACCUGAGGUGUCUGUGGUGGCUGUUGGCUCAGAAACUUUCGAUAUUUUCCGUCUAUCAAACGCAAUGACAUCCAAAGGAUGGAACCUCAACACCUUGCAAUUCCCUUCCAGCAUUCACAUAUGUGUGACACUUCUGCAUACCAGGAAUGGAGUGGCUGACCGGUUUGUCGAGGAUCUGCGUCAAAGUGUGGCGGAAAUAAUGAAGAAUCCUGAUGAGAAAACCACUGGCAGGGGUGCUAUAUAUGGCAUGGCGCAGUCAAUUCCUGAUCGUUCUAUGGUGACGGAGAUAUCGCACGGAUUCCUAGAUUGUCUCUACAGUACUGAGCUCCCCAGCGUUGAGAAAAAUCACAUGAAUGGAGCCUCAGCGCAGCACUGAAACUUAAAAACAAAAGUUUUUAAAAAGGAAAUUAAAAUCAUGUGUUGGGUGGCAGGAAGAAACUUUGGAAUGCAAUCUGGCAGGUCUGAGGUGUUGAGAAUCCAAUUCUCUUUUGUGAUUUUUGCAGACAAUGGAAAUGUGGGAAAAUGCAAUCUGAUGUACUGGGGAAUGUUGUCAGUGAUCUUUAUAACACUUUCAAAUCCCCAAAGUUUUUUCUUUGUACUUUUUAAAAAGUUUUAUCCCCAAUAUCACAUCUAUGGCCUGGAGUCCUUUAUACUUCGCAAAUGUUAUGAAGUCAAAACUUUUUUUUAAAUUUCAAAGAAUUUUGAGCAGUUUUCCAGUAAAGUAAGUGAGUUUUUCCUUGAAAUUGAUUGAUUGGAAAUUCAGCAGCAAGUGGUAAUUCACCUCGAUGCCUUCCUGCUUUAAUUCUUUUAUUUCAAAGAAAUGUUUUAUUUUGGUAGAAUCUUUCUCAAAGGAGUGAAACAGUUCAUGGAUUAGAAGCUGCUGCUGUGAUCUCGCUGAAUGGAGAAUUGUGAUAACUGCGCCUGGAGCAGGUUAGUGCUCGGAGCAGCUGGGAUAUCAAGUUAUUUGACGCUGCCGCCAGGGGGAUGGGAGGGAGUGGUGAACACUUGCAGACCACCUGGAUCACACAGGUGACUCCCCCGCCGCCACCCCCC